CUUCUCUUUCUCUCUAUCUACAACUUCAUCUCUAGAGAGUUGCUAGAGACUCAACCCAAUCCCAGCGAUGAAGAAGCUGAUUCGAAGGCUCUCGCGUGUGGCAGACUCGUCUCAGUACUGCCUCCUUCGAUCCGAGUCAGGAUCAUCGUCAGUCAUAUAUCAGCGCCGCUCCGAUUCGUUCCGCGUCUCCACUACCUCGAGUUCUCGCCGUUCCGGCGGCGUACCAGAGGGACACCUACCGGUUUACGUCGGCGACGAAAUGGAAAGGUUCGUGGUGAGCGCUGAGCUCCUGAACCAACCGAUCUUCAGAGAGUUGCUGAACAAAUCCGCUCAAGAGUACGGUUACGAGCAAAAAGGCGUGCUUCGUAUCCCAUGCCAUGUCUCCGUUUUCGAGCGAGUGCUUGAAGCGUUACGAGUCGGAGGUGAUGAGUCAGGUGACCUGCAGGAUAUUCUGAAUUCGUUGUCUGAUCAUGAUUUUCUCUAGCCUUUUUUGAGUCGAAAUUCCUUUUAUUUUUCUCUCCCAAUUUUAAUGGUGAGAUUAGAUCAUGAGGAAUAUAGAUCUUGAUCUUAAAUUAAGAUCUCCU